GUCGUCCUUAACCUCAAAAACCAUAAAAUAUAUCUCACUCUAAGAUUUCCUUUCCUUUACUCUCACGUGUCCGCAUCUCUCGCCUUCUCCCCCACCAACAGGCUCCAAAGUCUGAAAUGCGCCUCAUAAACACCAAAACCCUCCGCAUAGAGGAGUUCUUCGACGGCCACGCUCCCAAAUAUGCCAUCCUCUCCCACCGCUGGCUCGAUGGCGAAGUCACGCUGCAGGAAAUGCAAGCGGAGAGCUGUACCAACAAGCCCGGCUACCAAAAAAUCCUAAGCACCUGCAAGCAAGCUCUCUCCGACGGCCUAUCCCACGCCUGGAUUGACACCUGCUGCAUCGACAAGACCAGCAGCGCUGAGCUCUCCGAGGCCAUCAACUCCAUGUACCGGUGGUACGCCGAAGCUGAGAUCUGCUACGCCUUCCUCAACGACAUUGCUGUAGACGAUAUCCUCUCCAGUCCCGGCGAAGACGCUUUCGCAAAAAGCAUGUGGUUCUCCCGCGGCUGGACGCUCCAGGAACUUGUCGCCCCCGAGCAUGUCACCUUCUACAACACCUCCUGGAUUGAGAUUGGAACUAAAGCCUCCCUCCGCGUCGCUAUCGCAGCAGUAACCCAGAUCGACGUCUCCAUGCUGCAGUCCGGCGCGAACCUAGACGACUACAGCAUCGCGCGCCGCAUGUCGUGGGCUUCGCGCCGCAUGACCACCCGGAAAGAAGAUAUGGCAUACUGCCUCCUCGGUAUCUUCAACGUCAACAUGCCCAUGCUCUACGGCGAAGGUGACCGCGCCUUCAUCCGCCUGCAAGAGGAAAUCAUGAAGAACUCCGACGACCACUCCCUCUUCGCCUGGUCCUCCCCCAGUCCCGCAGCUCGCGGCCUCCUCGCGCGCUCCCCCGCCGACUUCGCAACCUGUGCAUCCAUCGACGCUACCCACUCCCGCUGGAACCGUGAGCCCUACGCUAUCUCCAACUUGGGCCUGAAGAUCAAUCUCCCCAUGGUACCGUGGGCUAUGGACACCUACCUCGCCGCCCUGGACUGCGCUCGCGACGGACAGCGUCUAGGCAUCUUCCUUCGCCUGCUGCCUAGGGAUAAUCGCUACGCCCGCGUCAUGUUAGGGGGCGAAGACUUGUGUGUCUUCCGCGACGGCCUAGCGCAGAAGUGCACUUACCGCGACGUCUUCGUGCAACAGCGCCUCUGGGGCUCCGUCCUAGCCGAAGAGCGCUUCUACGGCUUCUGGAUGCGCACGCUCCUGUCGCCGAUGAAGUCGGCGCCGAAGAUAAAGGGGCAGCAAAAGAGCAAUAAGCGGUAUCAGACGACAACCAAUGAGGAUGAGUCGUUAUCGGAGGUCAUCACGCGCGGAGAAUGGGACGACGAGAAACGUCUCUUUGAGCUUAAGAUCGGGGAUAGCGGGACGGCCGGGGCGAUUCUUCUACGCGAGGGGGGCAGGACGACUACGAUCAAGGUUGGCCUUGAUGGGGUAUUUAACCCCCGCGUCCAGGUCGGGGGGAGCAUCUUCAGUCCGGAGAUUGGGAACUUGGAUAUCUACUCCGAGGCGGGGAGGCUACAUCCGUCGUGGAUGGAUGCGCCGGCGCGUAGCAUGUACUUGUUCCGGGGAACGCGGCUGGACGGCUUGCUGGUGGAUGACUACCCCUGGCGGAUCUCGGUUUAUAACGGGGUGAUUCCAAAGACGGGGAGGAUGGGGUGGAUUGUUGAUAUUGAGAACUCGGAUGGGAAUAAGGGGAAGGAAUUCAACCGCAUCUGCGACGGCUGUAACUCUACCAUCUACAAAGUCUGGCACAAGUGCACUGAGUGCGAUGAGUUUGACUACUGCUCCAAGUGCGUAGCCAACUCGGAAGACACACACAACCACAAAUUCGAGGCGAUAACUUGAGUUUCCUUGGACAGACAAUAAAUAAAUAAAUAGAUCUCAUUCUCUGUGCCGGCGGCCUCAAGGCCGGGGAGCUAUGCAGUGCGUCCAGUGACGUGGGUAGCCAACAGUCUCUGGUCAGUCACAGCUAGCAAAAUCAAAGGCUGAGCCGAGUUACAGUACAUUCAGGUAGAGGUUGUCGUCGCGAUGGGGGAAAAUAUGCGAUACUUGUUGAUGGUGCCGAGCCUGCGCUUCAAAUGCCAGUGCAACUAGCCUUUGAAACACAGGCACGGCUCCCAUGAACACUUAUCAUACUCUUCACUACCACGACGAACUCCCCAGUAAGAUUUUGAACGGGCAACCCAGUUCCACGCUUUAAACACAUUGCUAUACACACAUCUCCAAACAAACCCAGCGCCUAUUCCAGCACCUGAAUC